CAGUGUAUGGAUGAUUCCAAGCCAUGUGUUAAUGAGGGAAGGUGCAUUCCGUAUCAAAAUGGUACAGGAUAUUGCAAGUGUCGAGAAGGCUUUCUUGGAGACUACUGUCAGUACAGAAACCCCUGUGAAAGCAAUACCUGUAAGAACGGGGGAACCUGUGAAACUACGUCUCUGAUAGGAAAGGCUACCUGCAAAUGUGCUCCAGGGUUCACAGGAGAGGAUUGUCAGUACUCUGAAUCGCACCUCUGCUACGUGUCCCAGCCCUGCCUGAAUGGAGGAACUUGUCAUCCCCACAGCCAGGAAACGUACGAGUGCGUCUGUCCUCCAGGUUACACAGGAAAGGAUUGCCAGUGGAUUGAUGCCUGUACAUCUCAACCUUGUGCCAAUGGAAGUACAUGUACUGUAUCUGGAAAUAAGUUCUCCUGCAUCUGUCUGUCUGGCUACACUGGCCAGAAGUGUGAGAUAGAUGUGAAUGAAUGUGCCACACCAGGCCUUUGUCAACAUGGUGGGACCUGUGUCAAUUUGCCCGGCUCAUACCGAUGCCAGUGCAAGCCAGGCUAUACAGGGCAUCGCUGUGAGAGCGUAUAUGUACCGUGUUCCCCAUCACCCUGUAUGAAUGGAGGAACUUGUCAUCAAACAAGUGACUUCACCUUUGAGUGCAACUGUCUGCCAGGUUUCGAGGGAAGUGUCUGUGGACACAACGUUGAUGACUGCCCAAAUCACAACUGCCAGAAUGGGGGUAUAUGCGUGGACGGUGUGAACACAUACAAUUGCCGCUGCCCACCACAAUGGACAGGUCAAUUUUGCACUGAAGACGUUGAUGAAUGUCAGCUCCAGCCCAAUGCUUGUCAGAAUGGAGGUACCUGCACCAACCACAAUGGAGGCUAUGCCUGUGUCUGUGUCAAUGGUUGGAGUGGGGACGACUGCAGUAAGAACAUUGAUGAUUGCUUCACUGCCUCCUGUGCUAAUGGAUCUACUUGCAUUGAUCGAGUGGCUUCUUUUUCAUGCAUUUGUCCAGAAGGAAAGGCAGGUCUUCUGUGCCACUUGGAUGAUGCAUGCGUUAGCAAUCCAUGCCAGAAAGGUGCUCUGUGUGAUACCAAUCCUGUGAAUGGACACUAUAUCUGCACCUGUCCUCAAGGCCAUAAGGGAGCAGACUGUACUGAGGAUGUGGAUGAAUGUGCAAUGGCAAACAGCAAUCCAUGUGAACAUGCUGGGAAAUGCGUAAACACAGAAGGCUCUUUCCACUGUGAGUGUUUGAAGGGCUACACUGGACCUCGCUGCGAAAUGGACAUCAAUGAAUGCCAUUCGAAUCCAUGCCAAAAUGAUGCCACCUGCCUGGAUAAAAUCGGAGGAUUCACGUGUCUCUGUAUGCCAGGUUUUAAAGGUGUUCACUGUGAAGAAGAUAUUGACGAGUGUCUAAGUAAUCCCUGUGUGAACAACGGAGAGUGUCUUGAUAAAGUCAACCGCUUCCUCUGUGUCUGUCCUCCUGGAUUCAGUGGUGCCGUGUGUCAGAUUGAUAUAGAUGACUGCUCCAGCACACCAUGUCUCAACGGAGCCAAAUGUAUUGACCAUCCCAAUGGCUAUGAGUGCCAGUGCGCCACAGGUUUUACUGGCCUUUUGUGUGAGGAGAAUAUCAACAACUGUGAUCCUGAUCCUUGCCACCAUGGGGAAUGUCAAGAUGGAAUUGAUUCAUACACAUGUAUAUGCAAUCCUGGCUACAUGGGUGCCAUAUGCAGUGAGCAGAUAGAUGAAUGCCACAGCAAUCCGUGCCUCCAUCAAGGACGCUGCAUUGAUUUGGUGAAUGGCUACCAAUGCAACUGUUUGCUGGGCACUUCAGGAGUGAACUGUGAAAAUAACUUUGAUGACUGUGCAAGUAACCCAUGCAUUCACGGGGACUGUAUUGAUGGCAUUAAUCGCUACAAUUGUGCUUGCAAACCUGGAUUUACAGGCCCACGUUGUAAUGUGGACAUCGAUGAAUGCACAUCCAGCCCCUGUCACAAUGGUGGAACAUGUAUAAAUGAAGCCAAUGGCUUUCGGUGUGUAUGUCCUGAAGGUUACCAUCAUCCUCACUGUCAGUCACAGGCAGAUGGGUGUCUUAGUAAUCCCUGUGUACAUGGUAACUGCACACACAUUACUAGUGGGUACAAGUGUGUCUGCGACCCAGGCUGGAUAGGAGAUUACUGUUCAACAGAAGGGAAUGAAUGUAAAUCAAACCCAUGCCAGAAUGGAGGAACUUGUGAGGAUCUGUUGAAUGGAUAUAGAUGUACCUGUAGGAAAGGAUUCAAAGGUGUGAACUGCCAGGUAGUGGUUGCUCCUUGUUCCCCUGAUCCUUGUGAGAACUCGGGAAUUUGCCAAGAAUCUCCUGACUCUGAAGGCUACACCUGCCAAUGUGCCCCUGGCUGGGAAGGGGAGAGAUGUACAGUGGAUAUCGAUGAAUGUCUCUCAAAGCCCUGCAAAAAUCAUGCUCUGUGCCAUAAUAUUCAAGGCAGUUACCUGUGUGAAUGUCGGCCAGGCUUCACUGGAGGAGACUGUGACAGUAACAUUGAUGACUGCCUUUCAAAUCCCUGCCAAAAUGGAGCUUCAUGUGUGGAUGGGAUAAACUCUUUCUCAUGCAUCUGCCUACCUGGAUUUCAUGGAGAUAAAUGUCAAACAGAUACCAAUGAAUGUCUGAGUGAACCAUGCAGGAAUGGAGGCACGUGCACCCACUACGUCAACAGCUACACGUGCAAGUGUCAGCCUGGGUUUGAGGGAAUCAACUGUGAGAACAACAUUGAUGAAUGCACUGAGAGUUCCUGUUUCAAUGGCGGUACUUGUGUGGAUGGGAUCAAUUCCUUUACUUGCCAGUGUCCCCCGGAGUUUACAGGACCCUUCUGCCUCACAGAAAUUAAUGAGUGCGAUUCACAUCCUUGCUUGAACAAAGGCUCUUGCGUGAACAGCCAAGGCACAUACCGAUGUAUAUGUCCUUUGGGUUAUACUGGGAAGAACUGUCAGGCACUUAUGGAUCUGUGCAGCAAAUCUCCCUGUAAGAAUAAAGGCACGUGUGUCCAGAGCGGAGCCCAGACUCGAUGCGUCUGUCCAUCUGGCUGGACUGGUGCUUACUGCGAUGUGCCCAAUGUCUCGUGUCAAGUGGCAGCUUCACAAAGGGGAGUCGCAGUAGACCAGUUGUGCCAGCACUCUGGUCAUUGCCUCAAUGUUGGAAACUCGCACCACUGUCAGUGCCAGGUGGGUUACACUGGCAGUUACUGUGAGGUGCAGCUGAAUGAGUGUGACUCCAGCCCUUGCCAGAAUGGUGCUACCUGCCGGGAUCACCUCGGUGGAUACCAGUGCGAGUGUGUGCCUGGGUACCAGGGUGUCAACUGCGAAUAUGGAGUGGACGAGUGCCAGUUUCAGCCCUGCCAGAAUGGAGGAACAUGUAUAGACCUCGUCAAUCAUUUCAAGUGCUCCUGUCCACCAGGAACUCGGGGCCAUUUCUGUGAGGAGAACGUCGACGACUGUGUUUUAGACUCAGGAGUACCUCGCUGCUUUAAUGAAGGGCAGUGCAUUGACCAGAUCGGGGGCUACAGCUGUAUUUGUCUCCCAGGCUUUGCAGGCGAGCGAUGCGAGGGAGAUAUCAACGAAUGCCUCUCUAAUCCUUGUAACCCUCGUGGAAGUCUGGACUGUGUUCAGCUGAUAAAUGAUUAUACAUGCAUCUGUCGUAGUGCUUUUACUGGUCGUCACUGUGAGAGUGUAAUAGAUGUGUGUCCCCGGAAGCCUUGUCAGAAUGGAGGUACCUGUGCUGUUGCCAGCAAUAUGCCGGAUGGGUUCAUCUGCCAGUGUCCUCCGGGUUAUUCCGGAGCAAAAUGUGAGUUCAGCAGCCACAGUACUUGUGGACAAGUGAAAUGCAAGAAGGGGGAGCAGUGCAUCCAGACAUCUUCUGGUCCACGGUGCUAUUGCCCCAAGCUGUCUGUGGGAGAGGAAUGCCAGACAAACACGGGUUGUGCCAGUGCCCCCUGCCAGAAUGGUGGAAGCUGCCACCCUCAUUCUCAGCCUCCUUACUAUUACUGUCAGUGUCCUGCUCACACCCAAGGCAGCCAGUGCGAACAGCCCAUAACUUUCAGCCCAGAGCCCCAAGGAUGUUUGGAUUCCCAGUGUGCGGAAAAAGCAAAAGAUGGCUAUUGUGAUGAAGACUGUAACACUCAUGCCUGCCAGUGGGAUGGAGGCGACUGCUCCCUGACAAUGGAAGAUCCUUGGGCCAACUGCUCCUCUUCAUUGCGCUGCUGGAUGUUUUUCAAUGGACAGUGUGAUGAGUUCUGCAACACACCCGAGUGCCUGUUUGACAACUUUGAAUGUCAGCAAAAUAGCAAAACAUGCAAGUAUGACAAGUAUUGUGCAGAUCACUACGCAGAUGGCCGCUGUGACCAGGGCUGUAAUAGUGAGGAGUGUGGCUGGGACGGUCUGGACUGUGCUGGUGACAAAGCUGAGAAGCUGGCAGAAGGGACCCUAAUCAUUGUGGUCUUGAUGCCCCCUGAUGAGCUGCUGGGCGAUGUUCGCACCUUCUUGCGCACUUUGGGAACUCUCCUGCACACCAAUCUCAGAAUAAAGCUAGACUCCCAGGGAAACCUUAUGGUAUUCCCAUACUAUGGGGAGAAAUCAGCAGCACGGAGUCGGCGAUCACUUGUGGUCAUUCGCAAACACAGAGAACUAGAGCAAGAGGUCAUCGGCACCAGGGUGUUCCUGGAGAUUGACAACCGUCAGUGUGCAGAGGAUUCGGAGCAAUGCUUUCACAACACAGAAGCUGCUGCAGCUCUCUUAGCUGCUCAGGCCAUCAAGGGCAUGUUGCCCUAUCCUUUUGUGUCUGUCCAAAGUGAACCCUUGUUACCACCGAAGACCCAGUUGCUUUACCUACUUGCUGUGGCAGCUUUGAUCAUCCUUUUAAUCCUUCUCUUGGGUGUGAUGAUGGCAAAGCGUAAGCGCAAACAUGGUUCACUGUGGCUCCCAGAGGGCUUUAUUCUGCGCAGGGAUCCUAGUAAUCAUAAGCGCAGAGAGCCAGUUGGGGAAGAUGCUGUUGGACUCAAAAAUCUGUCAGUCCAGAUACCAGAGGGUAACCUGGCAGAUUCUGGACCAACUGAACACUGGGCAGGUGAUGGUGGACCUCAGCCAAAGAGAGCAAAGGCUGAGGAUCAAGCCUUGCUCCCGGAAGGUGAUGAGCAGAUAGAUCAGCGCCAGUGGACACAGCAGCACUUGGAGGCAGCAGACGUCUGUGUGAGCACGUCAAUAGCCCUUACACCACCUCAAGCAGAUCAAGAAGUGGAUGUGCUGGAUGUCAAUGUCAGAGGGCCAG